AUGACCUUCCCUCCCCCUCCCCCUUCCUCCCAAUCAUCGAUUGCUUCUGGCACCGAUAAAUCCUCUUCGAAUCGGCCGGGAAGGACACCGCAAUCUGUUUGGGGUCCCUCCGCGUCCCAAUCCAGCAUUCGCCGUGGGUUGACUCCGCUUGCGACGAACAACCUUUCAUCGUCAUCGUCGAUCCUGUCUGCCACUUCCCGAGGACCAGCUCAGUCCACUAGUCCUGGUCCAGCGGGCUCGACUUCAUCCCCAUUAACUUCCUCCUUCUCUGCCGUUCUGAGUUCCGCAAGGGGCUUCUCUGGUGGCCGGAGCGUACCCUCGCCCGCCUCGACACCGUCGCCUUUUGCCGCCUUCCAAUCUGGCUCGCAACAGCAUCAGCAACCCGGGCAGUCACUUUCGUCCCCUAAAGCUAGGGCUCACACUCCAUCGUCACAUCUGGCUUCCGCAGCAGGCUCUGUCGCGGGUGGUGGAGGCUUCGGGGGAGGCGGUGGUGGGACGGGUUCUUCCAGAGGCGCCACCUUCUCUCCGCUACUGUCCGGUACAACCGUGAAUUCGCCUACGGGAUUUCCCUCUGAUAAACCGGGCUCGGCGGUUUCUGGUGUUGCAGCUCACGCCAGCCAGUCCUCGUUGACUAAGAUAUCAAUUGCUCAAGUCUUCCUCCUCCUAGACUCCAUUACAGAGAAAGAAGGUCGCGAGAAGUGGGAGACCAAAGCCGCUCAGAUCCACAAGCUUGUUGAAUCGAACGGGAUGGAGGUCUUCUCCAAAUAUUUUCGGCGUCUCCUGACAGGGAACGCCCCUCAAAUCUUCCCAGGCGUCAAUAAGUCUGUUGAAAAUGCCGGAAACUAUCCUUUGCUCAUUCAAGAAAUGCAGAAAGUGACCCAAGACAUCGAACAAGCCCAGAAGAUCGCAGAGACGGUCGAUACAUCCGAGGGCGAUAUCUUCCGGGAUUUUGAUCUUUCUACAUUUUUGGACCAUUUUAAGCUGGAUCCUGUUGCCAAAGUAUCACUUGCCCUGGCCUUCAAAACCGCCAACAAGUCGGAUCUGCGUGCGAAAGCUGAUGCGAUUCUCUCGAAUUCGAUAAUACCCUUCCUUCAAAGUUUGGCGACUCCAUCCGAAGCAACUAAGGAUUUCAAGAACUCCUUCAUUGGGAUGACCAUCGAGCGCUUUAUCCUAUAUCCCCCGCGCAACUUCAGCGACGAUGUGAAAGCCAAGCUGGUGUAUGCGGCUAACCUGCGUUAUCAAAAGUUGGGCGUAGAGAUGCCAUUCGAAGUCGCCUCUUCGUUACAAAUGUUCAAUUUCCUGAAUCCAAGAAAUACUCUUGUCCGCCAGCUUCACUCAAAGGGGCCGAAAGCGACCUCGAGCGUCGAUGCCGUGACUGAAGCGAUUAACUCGGCUGGAUCCGAUGGCUGGGGUGAAGAACAAAUUGCCAGUGCUUUCCUUUUCCUAGUGCUCUCUCAGUACAGGCAGGAGUUCUCGCUGGAAACCUUCUUUCGGGCUGUCAAAUCGCACUACGGUGACAAGCAGAUCAAUUGGUCCCUCAUCUUCCGAAGCUUCGACCGGGAAGGUCUGCGGCUGGAUUCCAAGCAAUUUGCCAAGUUAUAUUCACUCCUCUUGGUGGCGGCUGCGGAUGAUUCCACCUUGGACGUACAAAAGCUCUGGGGCGGCGAUUGGGAGCAUCGCGAUACUCAAUUGUCUUUCCUAACAGCCUUCGUCGUUUCUCGAACCGAUGUCUCUCAAAUUGCCAGUCUUCGUGCCACCUUUCCGGCGGAUUUCUUUGCCGAAGGACCGGAGAUUGUACGCCUUCAAGGUGAACGCGCAGCGAAAUCACCGCUUCGAUCUCUGGAUGCGAUGAGAGCCAUAUUCGAUAUUGCUCUGUUCUCUCAGGCUGCAUGGGCGGCCGCUGAAAGUCAGAUGCUCAUCAAAGCUAUUGUCCAGCACGAUCUUCCUGUCUUUCUAUGCUCAGCCCUGGCCCUUCCCCAGCCUUGGACAAGUGUUCAGCAAAGCUUCGUGCUUCGGACCCUCGUUGUAUUCAUACUGAAACAAGAGGAGGGAUAUCAGCUGGCCCUUCAGGGAGCAUGGCGCCAGGACCGCCAAUGGGUAGCCGAGCAGCUCUUUACUACAUUCACUCAGGAUCCGACCUCGACCGCUGCUAUCUAUGAACAUGCCGUCGAAUUCAACUGGCUGGACUACCUGCUUGGUUAUACAAACGGUCUUGCGAUGGAUCUGGCCUGUUAUGCCCAUCGGAAAGGUCCUUUUGAUUUGGAGCAAUGGGUUCGCAACGCGGCUCAGAAGGGACUGAUGGACAUGGGCAGCUUGUUGUCUAAAUACCUGCGGAUCAAAGCCGAGGAUGAGUUGCACGUCCAGAGGAAAGAACAGCCUGCCCCUCAGAUGGUCAGCUUGUCGGUCAAGACCGUCUUCACAUUGUUGUCAGUCCUGGAGGAAUAUGUCGGAGAUCGUGAAAACCUUACGCCCGUUCAACGUAUUUGUAUUCAGACAUAUCCCAGGCUGAUCAAUUACGGAGAAGGGUUUGACGAUAUCAUUGACGCCAAUGGUGCAAACGGAAACGCUCUACCCGAAGCCAUUGAUAAGCAAAUGCAGGAGCUCUUCGGCAAGAUGUACCAUGAAGAACUAUCUCUGCGGGAGAUAUUGGAAUUGAUGAGACGAUAUAAGACUUCGCGCGAGCCUGCCGAACAAGAUCUCUUCGCGUGCAUGGUCCACGGACUUAUUGACGAGUACCAUUGCUACCACGAAUAUCCAUUGGAAGCGUUGACGAAAACGGCCGUUAUGUUCGGUGGUAUCAUCAACUUCCGACUUGUUGAUGGUAUCACGCUCAAAGUCGGUCUGGGCAUGAUUUUGGAGGCAGUACGAGAACACGACGUACACGACCCUAUGUACAAGUUCGGCGUAGAGGCGAUUGAACAGUUGAUCGACCGCCUUCCAGAAUGGGCUGGCUUUUGUCACCUUCUACUCCAAAUCCCAAGUUUGCAGGGCACGCCUAUCUUCCAGAAGGCUGAAGAAGUACUCCGUGAGCAGGGAGGUCAAGUGAGAGAAGCGGAGGGUGGCCGGCUUGAGAAUGUUUCUGGCGCUUCGUUGACCAACGGUACCCCCGAUGAGACUGUCGCAGAUGGACUGACUCGCACAUUCCUCUCCAUUCAUGUCGACCCUCCUCUUCGACCCGAUCUCUACCAUGAUCCAGAUGAAGAAGUUCAAGACAAGAUCCUUUUCGUAUUGAACAACGUCUCGGAGCAAAACAUUGAGGAGAAGCUGCAAGACCUCACGGAUGUUCUUCGAGAUCAACAUCAUCAAUGGUUUGCUUCAUACUUGGUGGAAGAGCGUGCCAAGCUGCAGCCCAACUUUCAGCAACUUUACCUCGAUCUGCUUGAUCGCAUCAAUGACAAAAUUCUUUGGGCAGAAGUUCUCAGAGAAACAUAUGCCAGCGUUGGCAAGCUGCUCAACUCUGAGGCUACUCUCAACUCAUCGACAGAUCGCGGUCACUUGAAGAAUCUCGGCUCAUGGCUGGGUUCGCUGACCAUAGCCAAGGACAAGCCUAUCAAACACAAAGAUGUCUACUUCAGAGGCCUUCUAUUGGAGGGCUACGAUAGUCAGCGUUUGACCAUCGUGAUUCCAUUCACUUGCAAGGUGCUAGUUCAGGCGACAAAAUCCACCGUUUUCAAGCCACCGAACCCAUGGUUAAUGGAUAUCCUUGCUUUAUUGCUGGAGCUUUACCAUUUCGCUGAGUUGAAGUUAAAUCUCAAGUUUGAAAUCGAAGUUCUCUGCAAAGACCUUGAUCUGGAUCAUAAGACAAUCGAACCUUCGCUUGUCAUCCGGGAUCGCUCGGCUCAUAUUGAGGAUGCUCUGUCGACGGCUAAUAUCCCUGAAGGGCUUGAAGCAUUCGAAGACAUGGCUCUUACCAGCAUCAACCAGGGCAUGCGGACCGAAAGACUGUCGCCUGCUGCUAUCUUGUCGACCCUUCCAAGCCUGGACAAGAUUCUUGUCCUGCCCUCAUCAGCAAGCAGCAUGGUUGACCCCAACGUUCUUAGACAGAUUGUUCACACUGCUGUGGAGCGUGCUAUUGCGGAGAUCAUCACUCCCGUGGUAGAGCGCUCUGUGACGAUCGCCUCUAUCUCCACCGUCCAACUGGUAUCGAAGGACUUUGCCAUGGAGCCCGAUGAAGAGAAGGUGCGACAUGCGGCCGGAAUAAUGGUAAGACAACUUGCUGGCAGCUUAGCUCUCGUGACUUGCAAGGAGCCCCUGAAAGUCAGCAUGACAAAUUACAUCCGCAUGAUACAGCAGGAGUACUCUGAGCAACCGAUGCCCGAGGGUCUGAUCCUGAUGUGUGUUAAUGAUAACCUCGAUGCUGCCUGUGGAAUAGUUGAGAAGGCAGCAGAAGAGAAGUCCCUUCCUGAGAUCGAAAAGGUCAUUGAACCACAACUAGAAGCCCGCCGGCGACACCGCGCUGCUCGGCCCAAUGAACCCUUCAUCGAUCCGUCGAUGAAUCGCUGGGGGCUAUUCAUCCCCGAGCCUUACCGCCAAGCCCCGGGUGGCUUGAACAAAGAGCAAUUGGCCAUUUAUGAAGAGUUUGCUCGCCAGUCACGAGGACCGGCAGCGGCACAUGUUCAGGCUGUUUCGGCUGAUUCCGGUCGACAGCUCGCCGAUGUUCUCCAGGACUCGUACGCCCAGAUCCCCAAUCUGUCUACACCUGCAGAACAGCCUGCUGUACCUCACAGAACCCCACAGGCGCAGCAAGACACUCGCUUGCAACAGUCCGGUCUUGCUGGCGCUCAGCCACAGUUGAACGGUUUCCUGGAAGCGACAACCCCCAGGGACAAAGUGGACAGUAUUGUUUCGGAUCUGCAGCAAGCGGCCCGGAACGCGGAGGAGGAGCGCGUUAAAGAUCUUGGUAGAGACAGCUCAGUAUUACAAGAGUACAACCAAGCACUGCGCACUAUACUUGCCUCUGCGAGCGGUGAAGAGUUGGCACGAUUGACGUCUCUCAAGAUUUGCACAAUGCUGUAUUCUCAGACACCAGGUACCCUGGAGAUCGAAGUACUUGUGCAUUUGCUUGCGAAGCUCUGCGAUAUGUCGUCUCUAGUGGCGCGAUACACAUGGGUAGUAUUGUCGGAUGUGGAUGACGAGCAUAUCUUCAACGUACCGGUUACAGUGGCACUUAUCGACGCUGGACUUCUUGAUAUUCGCCGCGUCGACAUGAUUCUCACCAGACUCAUCUAUCAAAAGAACACGAGCUCCCUUGAGGUGCUCGGCAGUCUGAUGGAUCGGGUUCUCUUCAAUGAGGAGCCAUCGGCAUUGAGAUCCGAUUUUUCAGGAAGCCUCGAAGCCAUGAGCCAGUGGCUUGCAGAAGACACAAAUCUUGCGCCUGCGAAUGAAAUCAUCCGCAAACUCCGCGAAUCCGGAAUCCCCGAGGUGGUCAAUCCUCUUCUCAGUGACAAGGCAAGAUCAAAACGGGACCAGAUGGAAUACAUCUUCAGCGAAUGGAUCGGUAUCUACAAGGCCCCCGGUGCUGUCGACCGGACGUAUUAUUCAUUCCUCAAGGACCUGCACCAGCGACAAGUCAUGGAUAAUCAGGAAGAUUCGGCUCUGUUUUUCCGCCUGAGCAUUGAUAUCUCCGUCGCUAUGUUUGAGCACGAAUCCCAAAAUCCCAACGGCAGUCUGGAUGAGGCGUUCCUCUAUAUCGAUGCCCUUGCUAAAUUGGUUAUUCUGCUGGUCAAAUUCCAGGGGGAGAGCGCUGGCGCGGCCAAGACCAGCAAAUCGGUUUACUUCAAUUCCAUUCUGUCCCUCCUCGUGCUGGUCUUAAAUCAUCAUCAAGUGAUUAGAGGCGAAGCAUUUAACCAGCGCGUCUUCUUCAGGUUGUUCUCGAGCAUCCUUUGUGAGUACUCGUCUAACGGACUCCAACAAAGCGACCAGCACCAGGAAAUGAUGUUUGCUCUUGCGAACAAGUUCCUGUCUAUGCAGCCCAAGUACUGCCCUGCCUUCGUCUACGGAUGGCUCUCUCUGGUAUCUCACAGAUUCUUCAUGUCUGGUAUGCUGAACAAGCCAGAAAGGGCGGGCUGGGGACCCUACUGCGAGAUUAUGCAAGCCCUCCUUUCCUACAUCGGCGAGCAGCUGAAACCAGCAAACAUCUCUUACGUAGCCAAGGAUCUCUACAAAGGGGUGCUUCGCAUUCUACUGAUUCUGCAUCACGACUUUCCUGAAUUCGUGGCAGAGAACCAUUUCCAGUUCUGCAAUGUAAUUCCUUCCCAUUGCGCACAGCUGCGAAAUCUGGUUCUCAGUGCGUAUCCGUCAUCGUUCCACAAGCUUCCAGAUCCGUUCCGGGAAGGUUUGAAGGUUGAGCGACUGGAAGAGAUGCGGGAAGCUCCUCAGAUUGCCGGUGAUAUUGCCGCUCCUUUGCAGCGUGUCAACAUCAAGAGUAUUGUGGACAGCUCGCUCCAGAGCAGCAAUGCGUCCGAAGCUUCGAUUCAGAAGAUCUGUGAUGCCAUCUACACCCCUUUGAACCAGGAAACCGGGCUUUUCUACACCCCCAUCAAUGUGAACAUUGUCCUGGUGAACGCACUGGUUCUUUACAUCGGCCAGGGGGCUGUUACUACCAGCGGAUCCAAGGGUAACAACAACAACACUCGUGCUGCGUUUGACAACUCCCCCCAUUCGGCCCUUCUGGAGAGGCUCGCGAAGAUCCUACGACCCGAGGCGCGUUAUUACCUGUUGAGUGCGAUGGCGAAUCAGCUACGGUACCCCAACAGCCAUACCUACUUUUUCAGCUUCGCCAUUCUCCGUCUCUUUGGCGUGGAUAAUUCGGAGCAGGGCGAGUCGGACAUCCGCCAACAGAUUAUCCGGGUGCUGCUGGAGCGGCUGAUUGUCCACCGUCCUCAUCCUUGGGGUCUGAUCAUCACCCUUCAGGAGCUUCUCCAAAACCGAAGCUACACUUUCUUCCGCCUUCCCUUCAUCCAGGCUGCGCCUGAGAUCGGUCGUCUUUUCGAUGCUCUCCUUCAACAUAUUCAACAGCAAAGCCCUCGGGCAAUGCCCUGA